AUGGAGACGCCACAGGACUUCAAGUCCCUCCAAGAGGGCAUACAAAAGGCCCUCGUCUCCGCCGUCAAGACGGUCAAUCGCAUCGCCGCCGAGGACCUGGCCUUCCAGCGCACCGUCGACCCCGAUGUCGCCGAGCAGCUCGACGAGAGCACCAGUCGCGUCCUCGCCCUGUCCACGCGUCUCCUCGAGACCGCUGGUAAGGCUUGCGGCGUCAAACCGCCCGCGCUCGAAGAUGUCGAGGAUAUCGACAUGAAGUGGCAGUCCGUCGUGGACGUCGUCGACUCGGCCCUGGAAAAGGCCGACACGGCGCUCGACGAGUACACCGGCCUGGUCAAGCGAAAGGAGCCUCCCAGCUCCGACACGGCUCCGAGCUCAAAGAGGGCCAAGUCGACCAACAAGGUCAUCCGCAACGCCAACGUCACCAAGCCCCAGCUGCUCUUUGAGAGCAAACCCGACAACUUCCCCACGGGUCCCUGGAAACCCAUUCUCACCAAAAAGCCACACGCGACAGUCGCGCUGGAUAAGAGUCUGGUCGUCUCACCGAAUGAAAACGACAAACCUCAAUAUAAGCAUCCUUACGAGACUGAGAUUACGCAAAUGACGUAUCCCGACCGAAUGUUCAAGAGGGCGGAGCCCAUUCCGCCACAGCCCGCCGAGUCGACGACAGCCACAUGGGUCGACACGUACGAAGGCGUCCUGGACAUGCUGAAGGCGCUGAAGAAGGCAAAGGAGAUUGCCGUCGAUCUGGAACAUCACGACUUCAGGACAUAUACUGGGCUGGUCUGCUUGAUGCAAGUCAGCACCAGAGAGCAAGAUUGGAUCGUCGACACCCUGCAGCCGUGGCGCCACAAGCUCGAGGUCCUCAACGAGGUGUUUGCCGACCCCAGAAUCAUCAAGGUCUUUCACGGUGCCUACAUGGACAUGGUCUGGCUGCAGCGCGAUCUCGGCCUCUACGUCAACGGUCUUUUCGAUACCUUCUUCGCGUGCGAUCUUCUUUCGUACCCCGGCAAGAGUCUGGCGUUUCUCCUAUCAAAGUUUGUCGACUUUGAUGCGGACAAGCAGUACCAGCUUGCGGAUUGGAGAAUACGGCCAAUCCCCGACGAAAUGAUGUAUUACGCACGAUCCGACACUCACUAUCUCUUGUACAUAUACGAUCGUCUGCGAAACGAGCUCAUUGCCACGUCAGACCGCAGUCGCCCCGAGACAGACUUGAUCACGCGGGCGCUCCAGCGCUCCAAGGAUCUGGCCCUUUCUAGACACGAGAAUCCCGACUACGACGAAGCCACCGGGGUCGGACCACGGGGCUGGUACAACUUUUUACUAAAGCAAUCACAUCUCGGCCUCGACGGCGAGCAAUUCGCCAUCUUCCGCGCUCUGUGGAAAUGGCGAGAUACCUUGGCUCGUCAGGAAGACGAGAGUCCCAAUUUCGUACUGGGAACCAACAAUCUCAUCAGCAUCGCACGCGUCAACCCGCCGGACCUCAAGGCCCUGCACAGCUUGCUACCUGUCACGGCGCCACUGGCGAGGCCCCGUUUCCAGGAAGUUUGGGAAUUGGUGCAGGAAGCCAGGUCCAAGGGCGGCCCAACUGCCCUACGAUUUUACUCGGCAGAAGGCACUGGUCCUGCAAAGUCUGGUUCGGCUGCAAAGUCGUUGCUGACGACUCAGAUGCCCGCCUUGGAGGGGGAAAUUGCCAUUAGGAGUUUGCCACAAUCGCAGCUGUUUGGCAGCAUGCCCAUAAGCACCUUGUGGGAAAACGGACGCACGGUGCGAGAAGACGAGGGCCUCGUCCCCUUCCCAUGGCAACGCUUUGUGCAGGAAGGGCCUGCACAGGACGAAGAUGAAGCCGUCCUGGAGGAGAGUGUCCCGGCAGAGGAGACUGCGACCGCCGUCGCGGAUGCCAUGGACGAGGACAAGGACGAAGAGUUUACAUUGAAGAAGGGAAGAAAACGCAAGUCGGAGGCCAUCGAGGAGGACGAGGCACAGGAGUCGGUGGGUGAAGCGGAGGAGCCAGCCCUCGAGGAAGCAGAUGGAGUGAUCAGCAUCGAAGACGAGCAGCCCAAGUCUCGCAAGAAAGCGCACGCCAAGAAAAGAGCUGAGCGUGAGGCACGAAAGGCUCAGAAACGACUGGAGAAGCAGCAGAGACAGCAGGGCGACCAGAAUGCAGAGGCGGAGGAGGAACCGUUCGACUACACCAAAGCGCGGUCGGUUCUGCACGCAAAGCAAGACGCCAGCACGCCGACGCGGGAGCCCAAGAAGGUGUUUGACCCGUACGCAAAGACUGGAGAUGACGCCUUGAAGGGGGCACGGAAGGCACCGCCCGUGCGAGGCGAGAGGAGUGCCACUUUCAAAAAGUAG